AUGGUGGCCUUCAGUGCUAGUGCGUUUCUCUUGACGCUGCGCGUCCUCCUCUCUGCUACUCCAUCCGCUGCAGUUCCGAUUGCACAGGCGAAUACGGUGACAGCACAGGCCAAUGCUUCCGCUUCCAGCUACUGGUUUUCAAGCAUCAAGCGCCAGGGCCAGGCUCCCUUCAACGCCAACAAGGCGAGCUACACAGUCUUCCGCAAUGUAAAAGAGCUUGGUGCCGCCGGCGACGGUGUGACGGACGACACGGACGUGAUCAACAAGAUCAUCGCUGACGGUGAUCGUUGUGGCGAAGGCUGCGAUUCGACGACUACAACUCCCGCCAUCAUCUACUUCCCUGCCGGAACUUAUAUGAUCAGCAAGCCCAUCAUCCAGUACUACUACACACAGUUUGUUGGCGACGCACUCAACCUCCCUGUCCUCAAGGCCACCGCCGAUUUCGAAGGAAUGGGAGUGAUCGACGCGGACCCGUACAUCCCAGGAGGCAACGGCGCCAACUGGUACACGAACCAGAACAACUUCUACCGUCAAAUCCGCAACUUCGUCAUCGACAUCACUGGUGUGAAGGCAGCAGCUGGUAUCCACUGGCAAGUCUCCCAGGCUACCAGUCUCCAGAACAUCCGCUUCGAGAUGGACAAGGGCGAUGCUGGUGCUGAGCAGAAGGGUAUCUUCCAAGACAACGGCUCCGGUGGCUUCAUGAGUGAUCUCAUCUUCAACGGUGGUGCCAUCGGUGCCUUCCUCGGCUCCCAGCAGUUCACCACUCGCAACAUGACCUUCAACGACUGCGGAACUGCCAUCUACAUGAACUGGAACUGGCUGUGGACCCUGAAGAGCAUCUUCAUCAACAACUGCAAGGUUGGCCUCGACAUGGCUAACAGCCCUUCCAACCAGACUGUCGGCUCCGUCCUCCUGCUUGACAGCAAGUUCGUCAACACUCCGGUCGGCGUCAACUCUUCGUUCACUUCGAACAGCGUUCCCGAGACCGGUGGUUCUCUUGUUCUCGACAACGUUGACUUCACUGGAUCUACGACGGCUGUUGAAGGUUCCGGUGGCAAUGUCAUCCUCGCAGGUGGAUCCAAGGUCGCAACAUGGGCUCAGGGUAACGCCAUGGCCAGUGGCUCCGAACAGUCUCGCAUUCAAGGCAAUGUCAACGACGCACCUACCAAGCCAGAGAGCCUUCUCGGUGACAACGGCUGGUUUGAGCGCAGCAAGCCCCAGUACGAGAACAUCGACGUUUCCAAGUUCGUCAGCCUCAAGAGCAAGGGUGCUGUUGGAGAUGGCGCCACAGAUGAUACUGCGGCUAUUCAAGCUGCCAUCGACGGUCUGCAAGAUGGCGAGAUCCUUCACGCUGACCACGGUGCUUACCUGAUCACAAAGACCAUUGUCAUCCCAGCGGAGAAGAACAUCAAGAUUGUCGGUGAGAUCUACACCAUGUUCUUCAUCACCGGAGAGUUCUUCUCCAACAUGGACGACCCCAAGCCUGGAUUCCAGGUUGGCAAGGCAAGCGGCGACAAGGGAUCCUUCGAGAUGUCUGACGCUAUCAUCUCCACCCAAGGCCCUGCGCCCGGUGGCAUCCUCAUGGAGUGGAACAUCAACGCUGAGGCCGGCCAGGCUGGUCUCUGGGACGUGCACUUCCGCGUCGGCGGCUUCGAAGGCACCAAGCUCCAGUACUCCAACUGCGCAAAGAACCCCAACGCCACCCACGACGCCAACCCCGACUGCAUCGGCUCCUUCAUGCAGCUGCACAUCACCAAGGAAUCCAACGGCUACUUCGAGAACGUCUGGCUGUGGACCGCCGACCACGAGCUCGACCAGCAGAACGGCACCGCCGGCCAAAUCGACAUCUACAACGGCCGCGGCAUGCUCGUCGAAUCCCAAGGCCCCGUCUGGCUCGUCGGCACCGCCUCGGAGCACUCGCAGAUGUCGCAGUACCACUUCCAGGGCGCAAAGGACAUCUGGUACGGCGCCAUCCAGACCGAGACGCCCUACUACCAGCCCAACCCCGCCGCCACGGUGCCCUUCACCGUCAACGAAAAGUACUUCGACCCCGACUUCAGCCAGUCCGAGAGCAAAUCCGCCUGGGCUGUCCGCAUCAUCGACAGCACCAGCCUCUGGAACUACGGCGCGGGUACUUACUCGUUCUUCUCCAACUACGCGCAGGAGUGCCUCGAUGGCGAGAACUGCCAGACGGAUAUCAACCAGGUGGAUAACUCGACGAAUGUCAACUGGUUUGGCUUGUCGACUAAGGCCUCGGUCAAUAUGAUUACGUCGGGCGGUAAGGGAUUGCUCAAGGACGCGGAUAAUCGGUCCAACUUUUGUGCUACGGUGGCGAUUUUCGCUGUUGGCGCGUAG